GGACGUUGUAACAAACCUACAAUACAAGUCUACAUGUGUAUGUGUAUGUGCAAGUAAAAACGUGUUUACAGACAGGUUCACACUUCCGUCUGGGGUUUCACGUCCGUGAACAACACAUAUCUGCAUGUUACACACAAUUUGCAUGUUUUGUAGAUGUCGCAUGUAUUGAGAAAGAAACGAUCGUCGUGGUGGAGGAAGGGGACGGCAUCCAUUGGCGUCGAAGGAGAGAACGAGAGUCGAACAGUUCUCGUUCCUCACCAGUGAACAGUGACAUCGACGGUUAAUGUAUACUCAUCAAUUCGGACGCGGAAUUUCCCCGCGUAGUUUCACCGCCGGCGAUCACAGUAAAUACCGUGCGAAGUGCGAUGGUGCUGCGAUUUCACCGAUCUGAAGUUAACUGUGACUCGUGAUAGGCGUUAUUAUAGGACUGCGGUUGACCCUCAUCAUAUGCAAUUCCAACCAUUAGGUGCACCAAUUAUACGUGGACUAAACUAUAAAUAGUUGGAGUAUCAAAACUACAAGAGAGAAUAUAUCGGGUGAUAUCUGGUACCUGCACAGUGAUCAUGAACAUUGAGCGCUGAACUAUCGCCCGAACACAGCAUAACUAUAAGACAACUUCGUGCCGGAAGAAAGGAGGCAGCGAUAUCGUUUCUGGAGACCAACGAACAAGGAGAGGAACUGUCGAACGGACACGUCGCUGCCAACAUUCGAUAGUCGAGGACACAUAGCUAAGCUGACUACAGCCAGCUAUGAACCGAGCGUGGGGAUGGUGACGGUCGCGCAGCAGCAGCACCACCAGAACCAGGAUAAGCACGAACACCAGGAGCGUAACCAGCUAAACGACGAUGAUCAGAUACCCGACGAUCGCCGAGGCGUCACGAUCAGGGACGUCGACGAUGACGCCGCCUCGUCCUUGGAAGAUCGGGGCUACGGGACAGACUCUGCUGUUUGCGUUCGGAUUGGGCCUGGUAACGACGUCCGUCGGACCGAUGAAGAUGCCAGUCAGUCCAGCUUGUCCCUCUAUAGUGACGUUGAUGAUUCCCUGGAGGGAGACGAGCUCGGUUCUUGGAGCAACGACCUGAGUGUUCCCGUGUCCCAGCAGCAGCAGUUCGACAACGGUGUCGCUCUUCCCGUCAGCGAGACACCCUCAUUUGGUGAUGUUUGCGUGAAAAAUUCGUCCAACGUCCACUUCGGGAACAAGACUUUUUACAAUGGUCCCGUUACCAUCAGGCAAAUCGUUUACGCGAAUCCAACCGUUGCCGAGGACGGCUUGGUCGAGGAUGACCUGAAUCAUGAUUGUAGUGCGAAAUUCCCAAGCGACUUCACACCAAAUCGAUAUGUAGUUCCUGGGACUCAGGACAAAUCGGCAGACCCUCGAAACACGCAGGACGAUGGUAAAUUAUCGCGAUUCUGCGCUUUGCUUUUAACAUGGAGAUGCGUGGCUCUGAUGUGUGCGAUGGGGUCCUGUCUGGUCGCAGCGGUGGUCGUUAGUGUGGUCUUACUCUCACGGGAUUCGAACUUGCCGCUAACCCCAGUUCGCCCCACAGUUUCUGACUCAUCGAUGGACGGUAACGGUCUACCGUUCAAUAAUCUGAGAUUCGUCACACGAGACGAGUGGGGUGCCCAACCGCCAACGGAACCGCUAGGAAAGUUGAAACUUCCAGUUCCUUACGUGGUUAUCAGUCAUACCGCAACGGACUUUUGCGACACGCAGUCGACGUGCACAUUUCGGGUCCGCUUCGCCCAGACGUUUCACAUAGAGUCAAGAAAUUGGUCGGAUAUUGCUUACAGCUUUUUGAUCGGCGGGGAUGCUUACGCCUACAUUGGACGCGGCUGGGACCAUGUCGGGGCACAUACGUACGGUUACAACACGAGGAGCAUUGGAAUCUCUUUCAUUGGCACAUACAAUACCGUUGCGCCCUCGGAUCACCAGAUGCACGCACUUGAGCAACUUAUUGAGAUAGGAGUCAAGUCCGGGAAAAUUGCAGCCGAUUAUAAACUUUUAGGGCAUCGUCAAGUUUCCAAAACUCUGAGCCCUGGUGACGCGUUGUAUAAUAUUAUAAAAACGUGGCCACAUUGGUCCCCUACACCGUCUGUUUAUAAACGAGCUGCGGGGAUGAUGACAGUGGCUCAGCAAGAAGAGUACCAGGACCAAGAAAACGGUGGUCAGAACUCCAGCGAACACGGAGGAGCAACGACCAGGAACAUCGGCGAGGACACUGACUUCAGUCACCCAUCGGAUUCCUACGAUGCCUUAUCCCUGGACGCUGUCAGUGUUAAAAGCAGGGUAGAUAUCCGAAAGACGGAGGAAAAUAUCUACAGUGAGUCCAGUUCGACACAGAAUAGUGACUCUAACGAUUCCCUGGAUAGCCAUGAGCUUGCAACGUGGAGUGAUGAUAUCAAUGUAUAUAAUAGCACCAAGCAGCAGCAAUUUGCUGACGAUGGCAUCCUGCUUCCUAUCAGCAAUGCAUCAGCUUUCGGCGACGUGUGUGUGAAAAAGUCCACCAAUGUUCAUAUCGGAAAUAAAACUUUUUACCAGGGACCUGUUACGAUCAAGAAAAUUGUGUACGCAAAUUCUACUGUGCCCGAUGACGGCCUUGGCGAAGAUUUCUCUGAAUAUGGUGAGAAAGUUUCGAAGCAUGAAGACUUGAAAACUUCUAUGAAACCGAUAGAUCCACAGAACGUACGGGACGAUGGUAAAGUAACACAAUGGCGCUCUUUGUUUUUAACGUGGCAGUCCAUAGCUCUGAUGUGCACUAUAGGAUCCUGUCUGGUCAACACUGUUGUUAGCGCUGUUUUACUUAUGCAGGAUACGGAUCUACCAUCAAUCCCUAUUUUCUUCAGAAUUUCCGACUCGUCGAUAGACGGCGAUGUGACACAAUGGUGGUCUUUCCUUCUAUCGUGGCGAUCCAUAGCUCUGAUGUGUGCAAUAGGAUCCUGCAUCAUCACUGCGGUGGUUGUCAAGCUGGCACUAUACUCGCAAGAUUUAAAUAUACCACCAAUCUCCACUGUCGAAGAAAUGCCUGACUCAUCGGUAGACAUUAAUGGCCUACCUUUGGGCAGGAUAAUUAGAUUUAUUACACGAGACGAGUGGGGCGCCCAGCCACCAGUGGAAACCGCGGCAAAGUUAAAGCAUCCGGUUCGCUACGUGAUCAUCAGUCAUACGGCGACUGACUUUUGUCACACGCAAUCCUCAUGUGUGUAUCGAGUUCGGUUAAUACAAUCGUAUCAUAUAGAAUCUCGAAAUUGGUGGGAUAUUGCCUACAACUUUCUGAUAGGCGGGGAUGGUUACGUAUACAUUGGCCGUAACUGGGACUACAUUGGGGCUCAUUCGUACGAUUAUAACAACAGAAGUAUAGGAAUCUCUUUCAUCGGAACUUAUAAUACCGUCACCCCAUCGAAACAUCAGCUGCACGCACUUCAACAACUUAUAGACCUCGGUGUCACGACCGGGAGGAUUGCAAGUAAUUAUAAGCUUUUAGGGCAUCGACAGGUUUCCAGAACUCUCAGUCCUGGUGAUGCGCUGUAUAACAUUAUUAAAACGUGGCCACAUUGGUCCCCUACGCCGUGACUAUGUUGAGAUUCC